CCUUCCGUGUUUUCAUUGGUGGAUGUAAGUCAGGGCCUUCGGAAUCCACCAAUCCCAAGGUAGAAAAAGCAGGGACGGGGGCGUGUCGCGAGAAUCCGGUGGACGGAGAGUCGGAGGGGCCGCAGGGCUUGGGGGCGGGAGCAGUGGGCUGCAAGCACCUGUUGGCCUGGUGAGGCUCGGGCGGCUGACCCCUCCCGGGGGCGGGUCGUCCGCAUCCCUGCAGGAGCCCUGCAGAGCCCGAUAGCGUGGGUGUGGCCCCUAUCGCCCGCCCGGUGGAGUGAGCGCCGGCGGGGUGAGGCUGGAGGGCCCACACCGCCUGGUUUGCUCCCACUCUGCUGCCUCUCGUGCAGGAGUCCGGGCCCUUGGGCCGGGACCUCGUGCUUUCACUGAGCCACCCGCGCGCGCUUCCCGGGUUUCCUCCGAAACGGCUUCCCAAUGGGUCGCACUGUGGUCGUGCUGGGCGGAGGCAUCAGCGGCUUGGCCGCCAGCUACCACCUGAGCCGAGCCCCGCGCCCCCCUAAGGUGGUCCUGGUGGAGGGCAGUGAGCGUCUGGGGGGCUGGAUCCGCUCAGUCCGAGGGCCGGGUGGUGCCAUCUUUGAGCUUGGACCUCGGGGAAUUCGGCCGGCCGGAGCGCUGGGAGCUCGGACGCUGCUCCUGCUUCUCCCCUUCCCGAGGGCGUGUGGAGAGCAGAUUUCCGAGCUUGGCUUGGACUCUGAAGUGUUGCCUGUCCGCGGAGACCAUAUAGCUGCCCGGAAGAGGUUCCUGUAUGUGGGCGGUGCUCUGCACGCCCUCCCCAGUGGCUUCAGGGGGCUCCUGCGCCCUUCACCCCCCUUCUCCAAACCUCUGCUGUGGGCUGGUCUGAGGGAGCUGACCAGUCCCCGGGGCAAAGAGCCUGAUGAGACGGUACACAGUUUCGCCCAGCGCCGCCUUGGACCUGAGGUGGCAUCUCUAGCCAUGGACAGCCUCUGCCGCGGAGUGUUUGCAGGCGACAGCCGUGAGCUCAGCGUCAGGUCUUGCUUUCCCAGCCUCUUCCAAGCUGAGCAAACCCAUCGUUCCGUUCUCCUGGGGCUGCUACUGGGGGCAGGACGAAGUCCACUGCCAGACUCAGAACUCGUGCGUCAGGCCCGGGCGGAACGCUGGAGCCAGUGGUCACUCCGGGGUGGACUGGAGACGUUGCCCCAGGCCCUCAACACCCACCUCACCAGUCGAGGAGUCAGUGUUCUCAAAGGCCAGCCAGUCCGUGGGCUCAGCCUCCAGGCAGGAGGGCGCUGGAAGGUGUCUCUUGGGGACAGCAGUCUGGAGGCUGACCACAUUAUUAGUGCCAUUCCGGCUCCAGCACUGAGCAAACUGCUGCCUGCUGAGGCCGCGCCUCUGGCUCGCGUCCUGAGCACCAUCACGGCCGUGUCAGUGGUGGUGGUGAAUCUGCAGUAUCAAGGAGCCCAGCUGCCUGUGCAGGGAUUUGGACAUCUGGUGCCAUCCUCAGAAGACCCAGGCAUCCUGGGAAUCGUGUAUGACUCAGUGGCUUUCCCUGAGCAGGAUGGGAGUCCCCCUGGCCUCCGAGUGACUGUGAUGCUGGGCGGUUCCUGGCUACGCGAGCUUGAGGCCAGUGGCCGUGUCUUAUCUCAGGAGCUGUUCCAGCAGCAGGCCCAGGAAGCAGCCGCCACACAGUUAGGGCUGAAGGAACCACCAAGUCAUUGCUUGGUGCAUCUCCUCAAGAACUGCAUCCCUCAGUAUACACUAGGACACUGGCAAAAACUGGAGUCAGCCAUGCAAUUCCUGGCUGCUCAGAAGCUGCCCCUGACUCUGGCCGGAGCCUCCUACGAAGGGGUUGCUGUCAAUGAUUGUAUAGAGAGCGGGCGCCAGGCAGCAAUCCGUGUCCUGGGCACAGAAGCCAAGAGCUGAUCCCAAGCUCCCAAUGAGGAAAAUAAAAAGUCCUUG